AUGGGUAAUGGUGGUAUGUCUCCCGGUUAUCAUAAUUCAAGUCAUCCUUAUCCACAUGGCAAUAUGGUUCCCAAUCGUCCGUAUUAUAAUCAUAGUAUAUAUACGCCAGUUGGCUACAGACCAUCUUAUGGUUAUCCAACAAAUACUGGUAUAGGUUAUGGAAGAGGUUUUCAACAACCUUAUUCUCCAAUGAUAAAUGGUUUUCACCAAGGUGCAUUUAAUAAUCAAAUAGUUGGUCGAGGCUUUUAUAAUUCACCUUAUCCGACAUCUGGUGGUCUACAAUCAGCACCACCUUCAGCUAGACCAAAUGGUCAUAUUCAUUUACAUCGUCCAGGUGAACAUCGGCCACAUUUUGAUGAGCAAUAA